AGACUAUGGCCCAUUCACGAUGAGCAGACAUGGCGUCAUUUUUUCCGGAUCGCUAAAAAUGAGUAUGAGGAGUUGCACAUUUACGUGGAAGCUUCAGCGACCCCGCCACAAACUUUGACGUUCCACGGAACUCCCAGAGAGGAAGGCCCAUCAUCCGUAUAUGGUCGGAGGAACAACCGCCAAACGUUUCAGAACUACGAAUCUCCUGUCACAAACUUGGGUGAAGAGUCGGAUGACCCAGACUAUGAACAAGGUUUUAGUAGUGAUGUCGAUUCAUCCACGAGCGAUGAUAGUGACGACGUAGUAGACACCACCUGGGCUAAUGUGGAGCUAGAAGAACCAUAUGUUCAAGGAUUAGAUUCUGAGCCUGAAAGGAUCGAAGUAGGCGCAGUUUACUGUUCAUAUGAUGCACUGAAAGAAGCGGUGGCGAGAGAAAACAUUCGUCAAUUUCGUCAAUUCAGAACGGUUGACAAAAGGCCACGGUCCUGGAAGGCGGUUUGCAUAGACCCGACCCUUUGCACUUGGCAUAUCCAAGCAGGAGAAGGUAUGACGUCAAAAAAGUGGAAAGUAAAAAAAUAUCAACCCCAUCACAGUUGUAGGGAGGAUCCUGUCAUGGCUCGGGAUGACAGGCUCCUAACGGCCAAAAUUAUAGCCAGUGAAAUCGCUCCAAAAGUGAAAGUCGACCCGGACUACAGCAUUAAACUGAUAAUGUCAGACAUAUAUGAAAAAUUUAAUAUCCGUGUUUCAUAUAAAAAAGCUUGGAAUGGACGCUUGAUCGCUCUGGAGCGUAAAUUCGGCAAUUGGGAGGCAUCAUAUAAUGAACUUCCUAUGUUGUUGGAAUCUAUACAGUUUUCAAAUCCGGGGACUGUUGUUCAUUUGCAAUCACAACAGGCCGGCACUCCUGAUACGUCUGAAUUCCGCCGAAUGUUCUGGUCAUUCAAGGCUUCUAUAGACGGUUUUAGAUUUUGCUUACCCGUAGUCUCGGUUGAUGGCACUCACUUAUAUGGCAAAUACAAGGGAGUUCUUCUAGUUGUGGUAGCCAUGAAUGCUAACCGUGAGAUAUUUCCUCUUGCAUAUGCUGUUGUUGAGAGUGAGAAUGCUGACAGCUGGUCGUGGUUCUUUGCAAGGGUUAUGCGUGAUGUGGUUGGAAAUCACCGUAGUGUGUGCAUUAUCUCUGAUCGUCAUGCAGGAAUUGAAAGUGCAUUUAGAGCCUUGCGAGAGUUGAGAUCGCCACAAGUUUCAAAGCGUUAUUGCCUCCGUCACAUACGGAGUAAUUUCAUGACCAAGUUUAGGAACGCGGAACUGAAAAAAUUAUGUUGGCAAGCUGGUAGCACUCCCACAGAACAGGAAUUUCACGACUGUAUGCAACAAAUACGAGACAUAAAUGAGAGUGCUUUUCUAUAUUUGAAUGAGAUUCCUGUUGAGAUGUGGGCCCUGAGCUAUGACGAUGGCAAAAGAUAUGGCAUUUUGACGACAAACCUUUCUGAAAGUUUUAACAAUGUCUUAAAGGGAUGCCGCACAUUGCCUAUCACAGCACUAGUAAAGGCCACAUUCGAUAAAGUCGUCCAACUAUUUGCCGAUCGACGAAAUGCGGGAAUAAUGUGGCACCAAGCUGGAUUCUUGUAUCCACAGAACAUAUGGAAGGAUGUUCUUGAGCGGUCACAGCGUAGGUAUCACACAACUAUUGUCCCGCACAAUCGAACAACGGGAAUUUACUCUGUAGCUAUUGGUUCGCAUGAUCCAGUGACAAUCGAUCUGACAAGGCAGGAAUGUGGGUGUGAGUAUUGGAAGCAGAACGGGAUGCCAUGUGUUCACGCGUAUGCGGUUUGUCGGUUUUUAAAAAUAACCGUAGACAGCCUCAUCCCAGCUGUGUAUUCCUUAAAUGCUUACAUCCGAACGUACACUUCCGAUAUUAUGCCUAUUAAUAAUUACCUCAAUUUCAUGGCAGAAACAUCGCAUACACUUCUCCCGCCCCCAAACAAUAGAUCGGCCAGAGCCGGUAGGCCACAGAGAACUCGAUUUCCUAAUGAAAUGGAUUUGCGUGCUACAAGGAGAGGACAUGAGUAAUAUUGUAAUGUAUACCUUGUUGGGUUUUUUGAACUAAUGAAAUAUUUGUUCUCUUUUUCGGGUGUUUUACCAAAACACGUGAAUUCUCAACAUGUGUUGCCAAAAUAUGAGGAAAAAGUUAGGUUUUCCCAAAAAGCGGAAGUCGAAAUUGGGUAUUCCGACUACAUGAGUAUUCCUGUUAACUAUAAAUUAAUAUAUCAUGCAUAUGUUGAAUUAUGAUUAUUAUGAAUGAUUAUAUACACAUAGUAUAUAAUUUGAAGGUUUAGUAGUAAUAUGUGUUUGCGUAUUCAAUAGAUAAAUAAUUCCUUAUUUUUUUUAAUAUUCAGGCACAAUGAAUAGAGAAAACAUAAAUUGGAUGUAUAAUCAAUAUGUUGGCAAUGGUAGAGGAUUGACACAAGAGUUUAAGAAUGGAGUUAUUGAAUUUUUUAAGUUUGCACAACAACUAUAAUUAGAUAAAGUUUAAUCAGAUAACUAUAAUCAGAUAAGUUCAGUCAAAUAAAAUUUAAUCAGAUAAAUAUAAUCAGAUAAAUUUAAUUACAUAAAAUGUAAUCAUAUAAAUAUAAUCAGAUGAGUUCAAUCAGAUAAAAUUUAAUGAGAUAAAUAUAAUCAGAUAAGUUCAAUUAGAUAAAAUUUAAUCAGAUAAAUAUAAUCAGAUAAGUUCAAUCACAUCAAAAUUAGAUAAUUCCAUAUUUAUUCCACAUUUGUACAAAAAAUAAACUCUAAACCACCAAAGAAACACAAUAAGGGCUCGGAUCCCUAUCGCACGGCUGUUAUCAAAAGAGGAGGGGCUUGGAUCGGAAUCGGAGGGCUGUAAACGGAUACCUCCAGUCAGAUUUUGAAGAUCCGACAACAAUAAAAGUUUAAAAAAAUUGUUUUAUGGAUACUAACUUUAUCAGCUACUAUCACACGGUUCAAGGAAAAGAAGAAGAAGUGUGGACCACUACUUACUCAACACCAACUUUUAUUUAAUGGAUUCAUUCCUCCUUGCUCCAACUCAAUACCAAUAUAGAAGUGUGGACAACUCAAUACCACUAAUUACUCAAUACCACACGGAUCGUACUGCUCAUUGCUCCAACUCAUACCAACUUUUAUUUAAUAGAAGUGUGGACCACUCAAGAACUCCCAACUAAUUUUUUUUAUAUAAAUAGAGCCGAGCCAGUUGGAUCAAGAAUCCCCACUUAAUCCCAAGCAAGAGCACCUACUAGCAAAUUAAAAUUUGUGAUCUGCCAAAUUUCCAGGAAUUUCAAAUGGAGCAAAACAUUCCGCGCCCAGGGCUUGUUAACCGUUCACUACUCACGUUGCCACUGCGUGCCCAUCGUGCGGACCGUAUAUGGUAUGAACCGAAUUCCAAAGAUUCGUGCUUGAAAUGCGUCAGUUGCCCUUCAGCUUCAUUCGGAGUUGAAGAGCGAGAUCCAAGAGUGAUAGGUAUGUUAGCAUAUGCUGGCUUCUUGGGGGUAGAGCACAUUGCCCGUAUGAAGAUGGAUCAUAGUUUAAUAUGCGCUUUGGUGGAGAGAUGGAGGCCGGAGACACAUACUUUCCAUCUUCCAUUCGGUGAGGUCGGCAUUAGUCUACAAGAUGUGGCGAUGGUCCUUGGUUUGCCCAUUCGGGGUAUGCCCCUCAGUGGUCCAACCGUUAAGGGUAAGGCUCAGUGGAUCGACCUGUGCACGCAGUCGUGUGGUUUCACUCCUCUAGAGAUUGAUAUGCGCACGAGUGAUAUCACCAUGAGUGCUCUUACCCGUUACCAGAUCCUACCUGACAGUACAGACGAAGAGGUCACCGAACACACCAGAACCCUAAUAUGGCAAUUGCUUGGAGGCCUUUUAUUCCCUGACACGAGUGGGACAAGAAUACGAUUAUACUUUUUGGAGGUCUUGCAGGGUGACUUGGCUUUAGCCCGUCGAUGGGAGUUGGGGAUCAGCGGUUCUCGGGUACCUCUACCAUAACUUGUGCAACGGCGCCAAGUGGGAAACCAAACAAGUUGGCGGUUGUAUGCACUUGUUACAAAUUUGGGCUUGGUCGAGAAUUUCGAUGGUCCGUCCCUCAGUAGUUCAGGUCAUUCAACAUGACCAUCUUCCAUAUGGGUGCAGGUGGAUCGUCCCCAAGUCAUAUAAGGGAUCCCCAAGACACUGCAUACGCCUAUACCGGGAUGACCUAGACCGAAUGAGUGAGAGUCAGUUUGAUUUCACUCCCUACGCGUCCGAAGAACUCCCACCUAUCAUCCUUAAUGACGCUCCGCUUUGGUCGGCUAGGGUCAUGCUCAUAUUUUGCAAUAUGGCCGAAAUGCAUUACUCCGAUCGAUUUCUUCGGCAGUUCCAUAUAAGGCAAGAUACUCCGGAUGCUCCUUUGGCGGGUACUGAUCAUCACGGCAAUCGUUCCAACAUAGUAACCGGUGCCUUGGCGUUGUGGGCGGACAUACAACAUAAUAUAUACUUUCUUGAUUAUGAUCGACAUAUGUCCGUCGAAGCAACUAAGAGGUACCGAAAAUGGUACCAGAAGCAUGGUAUGACACGUGUCCAGAACCCUUCUCACAAUGUGCCCACGACAGGCUACAUCCCGACAUCACACGAUUGGGGUAUUGUGAGGCAGAGCUUUUACGAGCUGAAUCAGCUCUUAGCCGACCGCGCAAGUCAUGAGGACUGUCAAAAACGACUACAGCGGAUGGCCCUGGACGUAGGUGAUGAAGAGAUGCUCCGCCGGGGCAUAUUCCAUUAUGAAGAUGAAGAUGAAGAUGAAAGUGGAAGUGACGAAGAGGAUGAUGCAGAUGAACAUGAAGGUGGGGGUGAGCACUCACAAUCGCCCCCUCAAUUUUCAACACGUGAGGGUGUCUCAUUUGAUCAACCACCCCCUCAAUUCUCAACGCAUCAAGGUGUCUCAUUUGAUCAACCACCGCCGUAUUAUGAUUCUUAUCAGUACUCCACACAAGCGGUUGAUUAUGUUGAUUCAUUUCUGGAUUCGUCGUCGUUUUACUAUGGAGACACAAUGGGGCCUUUGAACACUAGCGGUGGGGACGGAGCAGGGCCGAGCACGCAACGUUAGUUGUAGUAUCAUUAAAUUUAUAUUAUUGUAUGUACUAUCUAUUUAUUAAUAAAUUACAUUGAAACCUACAUUUGUU